UGAAUGGUGAUGGAGGAUUUUGGAUUCUUGGCAUAGGCUGGUGUUUUGCACAAGUUUAAGGCAAAUUCGGAUUAAAUUAACUGUAUUUACUACGUCACGAGGAUGCUGCGAGAGGGGAAAGAAGCGUGUCCAUUCGUGGAGGACAGUUUCAGCCGCUUUCUGUCCCAGAGUAACAUGUACGGACUCUGUCAGGCUGGAGAGCAAGAGUUACUCGCCGCUACUCUGAAAGGCAAAGUGGUCUGUUUCAGGUACCAAGACAUCCAACAGAAAAUCAGACCUGUUGCUAAAGAGGUACAGUUCACCUACAUACCAGUUGAUGCAGAGAUUGUAUCAAUUGACGCUUUCAACAAAUCUUCACCGAACAGGGGGCUGGUCGUGGGAAUAACGUUCAUCAAGGACUCAGGUGACAAAGCCACUCCAUUCCUCAACAUCUACUGUGACUACGAGCCAGGGUCUGAAUUCAACCUGGAGUCCAUUGCACAGAGCUGUCUGAACCUGGAGCUGCAGUUCACCCCCUUCCAGCUUUACCACACAGAAGUGCAGUGCGAAGAUGGAUGCAGUGAGACAGUGUUUCUGCUCAGUGGUCAUGAUCAGAGGAUUCAUCUUUACAAGGAGAACGCCUCCCUUCACCAAUUUGAAGAGCAGCCAGUCGAGAGACUCUUCCCUGAGCUACAAGAGCUGCCCAGCAAUGUGUUGUGGCUUGAUGUGCUGAGUAUCCCCGGCGGUCGUCGUCUCUCAGCCUUUGGCUGUCAGAACGGCUGCGUUGGGCUGGCUCUGGUGGACCAGACUGGACCUGAGAUUGUGCAGAGUUGGCGGGUGCAGCAGGACAGUCCCAUCUCCACCGUGCUGCUCUUCCCUCUGCAUUCCCGGGCAGAGCCGGCGAACCCUGAAAGGGCAGGAGAGAAGGGAGGGGACGACAUUGAGAUCGUUGGUUACAACCUCCUGGUGACCAGCAGUAUAGAGAUGGCCGUUGUGUACAGGGAUGUCCAGGAAUAUGGUGUGAGUUGCCAUGCGUGCCUCUCGGAGAGUGACCAGUGUGACGCAGUGCUCUGUGCGCUGGUCACAGACCUGGACUUUGAUGGACAGAAGGAGCUGUUACUGGGAACCUAUGGACAGGAGCUGCUUUGCUACAAGUUCCAGCAACCAAUGAGAGGGACAGAGGAACAGUUCCAACUGCUGUGGAGGCGGAGCUUCAAGAGCCCCUUGCUGUCCAUCAUUUACUUGGAUUUGACUGGAGAUGGGCUGAGAGAGCUGGCGAUUCUAACACUCAAGGGGCUACACAUACUACAGCACAGUCUGACCAGCACUGCUGACUUGGUCCUUCAGCGACUGGCCGACAGGGGGUCAAAGCUGACCCCUGGCUCGGAAGUUCAGCCAAUCCCAGAACGGAACACUGAAGAGAGGGAUGCUGUGACCAAUGAGGAGCAGAGUGCCCCAUCAAAGUGAGAGCCAGCUGUUUUUUUUUGUUUUUUUAAUUUCUAUUUUAACCUCUAUUUAACUAGGCAAGUCAGUUAAGAACAAAUUCUUAUUUACAAUGACGGCCA